AAUAACUUUUAGAAAAAGAAAAAAUAGAGAUGCCAUUACAGAUCUCUCUCCGAUCUCUAUACACUCAAUCCAACCAACUGACCCACACCCUAUCCCUUCCCUUCCUCUCUUUCCUCCGCUGCACAAUGUCCACUUCCCGCGACAUCGUGAGCCCUUCAACCACCCGCGUCGGUUGGAUCGGCACCGGCGUUAUGGGCUGCUCCAUGUGCUCUCACAUCAUCAAAGCCGGCUUCAAACUUACCGUCUUCAAUCGCACAAUCUCAAAAGCCCAGCCUCUCCUCGAUUUGGGCGCCAAUUUAGCCUCUUCCCCUCUCGCCGUCGCCGCCCAAUCCGAUAUCGUUUUCUCCAUCGUCGGUUACCCCUCCGACGUCCGCUCCGUCCUCCUCGACCCCACUUCCGGCGCCCUCGCCGGUCUUCGCCCCGGCGGCGUUCUCGUGGACAUGACAACUUCCGAACCCUCACUCGCCUCUGAGAUCGCCGCCGCUGCAACCGCCAAAGGCUGUGGGGCAAUCGACGCUCCGGUAUCAGGCGGCGAUCGCGGCGCCAAGAAUGCCUCUCUGGCGAUCUUCGCCGGCGGCGAUGAAAGCGAAGUCCGGCGAUUGAAACCAUUAUUUUCCCUGCUAGGAAAAGUGAAUUACAUGGGUGAAACUGGGAAAGGGCAAUUUGCGAAGCUGGCGAAUCAAAUCACCAUAGCUUCAACAAUGGUGGGACUGGUGGAAGGGAUGAUUUACGCUCAUAAAGCAGGGCUUGAUGUGGGUUUGUUCUUGAACGCCAUAUCAACAGGAGCAGCAGGAUCAAAAUCGCUGGAUUUGUAUGGAAGUAGGAUUCUGAAGAGGGAUUUUGAACCUGGGUUUUUUGUGAAUCAUUUUGUGAAGGAUUUGGGAAUUUGUUUGAAGGAAUGUCAGAAUAUGGGGCUUGCUCUUCCUGGAUUGGCAUUGGCUCAGCAGCUUUAUGUGUCGCUUAAGGCUUAUGGGGAAGGGAAUUUGGGGACUCAGGCUCUGAUUUUGUCUCUGGAACGGCUCAAUAAUGUUUCACUUGAAUCUGCCCCAGGUGGCGACGGUGGUCGCAGUGGUUCUUCUUGAUUAUGCGCCGUCUCUGCCGCCGCUUAGGUUCAAAGGCCACUGAUGCUUAGAUGAUGUUAUGAGGGUAAUCUAACGAAGAUUAGCGAUGGCUCAUACUAGUUGAAAAAUCUCAAUAAAACAACACCAGAACUUUUGUUCAAUUCUUGCUCUAUUUCCUUUUCAGUCACUUCUGAAUGUUACAUCAUUUCGAUUCUCACAUCUUAUUCUAUAGAUAAAGGGUUUCUACGAGUUUAAUAUUUUCAUUA